AUGUCGGGCCCGCGCGCAGGCUUCUACCGGCUGGAGCUCAACAAGACGGUGUGGGAGGUGCCGCAGCGGCUGCAGGGGCUGCGCCCGGUGGGCUCCGGGGCCUACGGCUCGGUCUGCUCAGCCUAUGACGCGCGGCUGCGCCAGAAGGUGGCGGUGAAGAAGCUGUCGCGACCCUUCCAGUCUCUGAUCCACGCGCGGAGAACUUACCGCGAGCUGCGGCUGCUCAAGCACCUGAAGCACGAGAACGUCAUCGGGCUGCUGGACGUGUUCACGCCGGCCACCUCCAUUGAGGACUUCAGCGAAGUGUACCUGGUGACCACCCUGAUGGGCGCAGACCUGAACAACAUCGUCAAGUGCCAGGCGCUGAGCGACGAGCACGUCCAGUUCCUGGUUUACCAGUUGCUGCGCGGGCUCAAGUACAUCCACUCUGCGGGGAUCAUCCACCGGGACCUGAAGCCCAGCAACGUGGCUGUGAACGAGGACUGCGAGCUUAGGAUCCUGGACUUUGGGCUAGCCCGCCAGGCUGAUGAAGAGAUGACUGGCUAUGUGGCCACUCGCUGGUACCGUGCACCUGAGAUCAUGCUCAACUGGAUGCACUACAACCAGACAGUGGACAUCUGGUCUGUGGGCUGCAUCAUGGCUGAGCUGCUCCAGGGAAAGGCUCUCUUUCCAGGAAAUGACUACAUCGACCAGCUGAAGCGAAUCAUGGAGGUGGUGGGCACACCCAGCCCUGAGGUUCUAGCAAAGAUAUCCUCAGAACACGCCCGGACAUACAUCCAGUCCCUGCCCCCCAUGCCCCAGAAGGACCUCAGGAGCAUCUUCCAUGGAGCCAACCCCCUGGCUGUGGACCUGCUGGGAAGGAUGCUGGUGCUCGACAGUGACCAGAGGGUCAGUGCGGCCGAGGCCCUGGCCCAUGCCUACUUCAGCCAGUACCAUGACCCUGACGAUGAGCCUGAGGCCGAGCCCUAUGAUGAGAGCGUUGAGGCCAAGGAGCGCACCGUGGAGGAGUGGAAGGAGCUCACCUACCAGGAGGUCCUCAGCUUCAAGCCUGCAGAGCCACCGCAGUCUCCUGGCAGCCUGGAGAUUGAGCAGUGAGGGGCAUGUGCCCACCAGCCACGGGGACCAGAAGACGGGCUGGAGCAUGCCGGCCCAUUUCUUCAGCCUGCCGCGUUCCCACGAGGAGUGCCUCCCAACACCACUGUGGCCAGCGCCCUGACCCUAGCCUGGGGUCCCCCGCCUGCACGCUGCUCCUCGUGGGCAGUCUGUAUGCAUGUGCAUGCACGAUGGUGUGCAUGUGUGCAAGCCGCGGGUGUAGGAGUCUAGACGGAGCAUCCUGGACUUCCUCGGUCCUCCUGCCUCCUUCCAACAAUCUAGGUCUCCCUUAGGACCUCCCCUGGAUGCCACAGGGGAUCCCCUGGGGAGUGUGUCUGUCUCCAGAUCUUCUCAGUCCCAGAGGGCUGUCUCUGGAGGGCGUGGUGCACUGGGGCCAGGGGCCUCUGGAGACUGAAGGGAGGGUCUUGCUUGUCAGAGCUUCUUGACCUGGAAGUGGGGGCUACCCUGGGAAAUGCCGAGACCUGAAGGUCUGAGAGCUGAGACUGCCGCCAGGUAUCACAUGAGCAGACCAUCCCAGGGCCACGUGUUCACCUGGGCUGUGGGGGGCACACGUGUACUAAUGUGCACUCCUGGCACUGACAUGUCGAGGCGCGUGUGACUCUGUGGGUGCCGUGACCAGCAAGAAGCCUGAAGUGAGGGGCCGUACUGUUACUUCCUUUCCCUCAGUUCCUGAUGUGGGGGGUGGGGUGCUGCCGCUGAGAUCCUGGGUGCACCAUGCGAAGGGCUCAGGUGGGCAAGGGGCAACCAGGGGACAAAAGCCAGGGACUUUCUCCUUGAGUGUGGGGGCUGUGGCAGGCAUGAAGAGCUGGUGGGCACAGGGGCUCCAGCCUUGAUUCGGCAGCAGGGAGUGGCGCCCACCAGUGUACCCUUGGACUCAGACCCUGACCUUGGCCCGGAGCUGAUGAAGAAGCCUCUGCCCACUCUACCUCUGCCCACCCUCCAGCCCUGCAGCUGAGCGCUGGGCUGUUCUGGC